CGCUUACAACUUGGAGGCGGCGGCGGCGGCGGCGGAGGAGGAGGCGGCGGCGGCCGCCGGGCGCUGCAGUGGGACGCGCGCGGCUGUGAGCCUGCGGGACAUGCCCCCCGCGCCGGCUCCUUGCUGGCGGCCAUGAAGAGGCAGAACGUGCGGACUCUGUCCCUCAUCGUCUGCACCUUCACCUACCUGCUGGUGGGCGCCGCCGUGUUCGACGCCCUCGAGUCGGACCACGAGAUGCGCGAGGAGGAGAAACUCAAAGCCGAGGAGAUCCGGAUCAAGGGGAAGUACAACAUCAGCAGCGAGGACUACCGGCAGCUGGAGCUGGUGAUCCUGCAGUCGGAACCGCACCGCGCCGGCGUCCAGUGGAAAUUCGCCGGCUCCUUCUACUUUGCGAUCACGGUCAUCACCACCAUAGGUUAUGGGCACGCUGCACCUGGCACCGAUGCGGGCAAGGCCUUCUGCAUGUUCUACGCCGUGCUGGGCAUCCCGCUGACACUGGUCAUGUUCCAGAGCCUGGGCGAGCGCAUGAACACCUUCGUGCGCUACCUGCUGAAGCGCAUUAAGAAGUGCUGUGGCAUGCGCAACACUGACGUGUCUAUGGAGAACAUGGUGACUGUGGGCUUCUUCUCCUGCAUGGGGACGCUGUGCAUCGGGGCGGCCGCCUUCUCCCAGUGUGAGGAGUGGAGCUUCUUCCACGCCUACUACUACUGCUUCAUCACGUUGACUACCAUUGGGUUCGGGGACUACGUGGCCCUGCAGACCAAGGGCGCCCUGCAGAAGAAGCCGCUCUAUGUGGCCUUUAGCUUUAUGUAUAUCCUGGUGGGGCUGACGGUCAUCGGGGCCUUCCUCAACCUGGUCGUCCUCAGGUUCUUGACCAUGAACAGUGAGGAUGAGCGGCGGGAUGCUGAAGAGAGGGCAUCCCUCGCCGGAAACCGCAACAGCAUGGUCAUUCACAUCCCUGAGGAGCCGCGGCCCAGCCGGCCCAGGUACAAGGCGGACGUCCCGGACCUGCAGUCUGUGUGCUCCUGCACCUGCUACCGCUCGCAGGACUAUGGCGGCCGCUCGGUGGCACCGCAGAACUCCUUCAGCGCCAAGCUUGCCCCCCACUACUUCCACUCCAUCUCUUACAAGAUCGAGGAGAUCUCACCAAGCACAUUAAAAAACAGCCUCUUCCCAUCGCCUAUUAGCUCCAUCUCUCCUGGGUUACACAGCUUUACCGACCACCAGAGGCUGAUGAAACGCCGGAAGUCCGUUUAGGUGUGGGGAGGGAAAUGGGACAGAAAAGUCAUUUGUCAUAGUUGGUGUUAAUUUCCAUUGGUCCAACUCGUCUUUUCUUAUUUAUUUAUUAUUAUUAUUGUCAUCAUUAUUACUUUCUCUCCUUCCUCCUUUCUUGGUCUCUUGGUCUCAUUUCCCCCCACCUUUCCAGCCAGACAGAGCAGGCCAAAGGGAAAUACAGGCCCAUCCUCCUCUGAAACUCACAUCUGAGCAUGAAGCAUGGAUCUCCUCCUUCCUUCCCAGCAGACUAUGCCUUACAUUUCUCACCCCACCCACCCCAUCUCUGCAGUGGUUUUCCCGGGACAGAUGUGAGACCAAGACCACGGAGACAGAGCUGAGAGGAUACCCACCCCAAAGCUGCACAUCACGCUCAGCCUUCAAUCGCCUACCCUUAGUGGUGUCUCUGGCCUAACUCCUUUCUCUUUUCCUAAGGACUGAGUGACUGUGUGUGUGUUGUGUGUGUGCUUCUGUGUGCACGUGUGUCGUGACAAAACGGGAAGUAUUAGGUAUUCCGUUUUCUUUCCCAUCACACGUCAUAGCCUGCUUUUGGCUGCUUCCAAACAAAACGGGAAGACAAAACCCACAAGGUUUUUGAUUUAUCGUAUUUUGCCAAAUCAAGCAUGUUUCAUUAAGCAGUUCUUAUCCCUGAUGUGUCAUGGCCAUAUUUUCUAAAUGCUAGGUUCUAAAUUAUAUUAAUGUUUUUUAGGGGCGGGUGGGCAAGACGACCCAAACCAUUUUAGCUUGCCAGUUCAGACAUUUUUUAAAAAGCAUGCACUUUGUUAAACUGGUAUGCGCUAUCAACAAGAAAACUAGAAAUGAAAUAAUCCAAAGCCAAUAACAUUAACUUAUAAAAGACAUUUUUAAUUUUGUCACCUCCAGUUCCAACAAUUUACCAUGCAACUGGAAUUGUCAGGGGAAACGGGAAAAUUGUUGGAACCCCAGAGUACCUAGUUCCCUCUUAUUGAUGAUUUUGUGCAGCACCAUAAGAAUUAUAGUGUUGGAAUGCUUGGGUGAGAAUGGGUAUUAGUAUGUGGCUGUGGUUCCUUUUCCUCAUGAAAAUUGACAGGGCAUUCCUCAUUAAAAAUACAUAUCUAUUUCAAGAAAUAUCGUCUCUAAUUGCAUUUGAUUUGUAAAUAGGGUAAAAAGUUCACAUUGGUCUCAGGAAGAGUUUAGAGGCAAGGAGCUAUGUCUUGGCCUACUGGGAACUUGCCAAUCUCAGGGGAACAUUUUGUCUGAGUAGUGUAGACAUUCCUCCCUACUCUCAAUAGGGGAUGACCCCCAAAGGGAAGACCUGCUAUCCUCUUGGGGGAGGUGGUGGGGGUAGUUCAGGCUGUAGAAUAUGGCACAGUGGAGGCUCUUAUAGUAACAAACAGGCUUAAAGGACAGUUUGACCUCCAGAUUCACUGAGGGGACUUUAAUUUCCCUCAUUACCAUCCCUGCCAUCUUCUAAAAAUCACCCAUUCAUCCAUCCUCCCAUUCCUCUUUUGUAAAUGAAGUUCAUGGCUCUUGCAUGGAAAUGGACCUUGGCUAUACUCAGAAGGAACACGGUUUACUGGCCUGUCUCAAGGCCCCAACGAGAUCUCCCAGAAAGGAGGCUUUGCUCCCUAGAAAGAGUAGACCUACAGGAUUUCUUAAAGGAGACAACACCUGAAUGCCACCAGUCCCAAGCAUUUGGGCCAAUGGGCUGAAACACUGGAGCAUUCAAGACUCCUCUGAAAAGGCUGUGCAUGUACUUUAAUGCUACAUCCCAUGUUGAAAUUUCCCCUUCGUCCAGGACACAGGGCCUUCGAAGGAGUCUGCGAACCUCAGAUUCUCUAGGCCAAAGUUGACAGUUCUCAACCUUCAAGGGGAACUAACUGCACAUUCAAGAGAGGCGUCCGUGGAUGCUGGGUCUCACUGCCAAAGCCGAACACGGCUUCGGGAUUUCUGCCUUCUCAAGUGGACCUCUGCUGUGCUGGGUGAAUGCCUCUACUCAUUCCCCUACACAACUGUGGGGAUGGUCCAGCUACACAUAGACAGGAAGCCCAGAGAAACGCUCGAUGUGAGGGUCCCCGCAAGCCAGUCGGGCUCUUUCGGCACCUGGCCCCCCCAAAGCUCCUCAACGAGGAGUACAGACUGCCAAGCCCUUCCACUCAUUCAUCAUCAUAAAAAUGUAACUUGCUAUGGCAGCCUCUUGGCCAUUAAGGGCUAUACUUUGUGACCUCUGUCCUUGAGAUCUUUGCUCUGACAAGUUCUAUAGCCUUCUCAGUGCUGCUAUCGUAACGCAGUGUCCCUGCUGUGGCUAAGUAACCUUUCGUUUUGAUCAAGAUUUGUCCACGCAGACUCCUACCUCUGCGCCUUUGCCCGUGCCGUUCCCACUACCUGGAAGGUCUCCCCGUUGCUCUC